CUCCUACAACACGCACUGUAUAAUAUUAGCAAAAUGACGUGCAAGAUUGUUAGCCUAAACCUAAUGGAUUAACGGUAUUUUUACUUGGGUGUGUGCGUUUGUGUGUGUGCGUUUGCGUUUGCUCGCGCACGUGUGUUUGUUUGUGUAUGUGUGUUUAUCCAAUGCCCCUUUUGCAAACCCCCUAAUAAUGUACAAGUGUUAAACCCAUGUGAGCAUGUUCAACAUACUCCCCCCACCGGCAACUUGCUUGUUUGAGAUUAAUCUGAGGGCAGCCGGGCCCGAGACAGCGGAAUGACAGCGUCCCGCACCACCGGAGGUAGGCCUAAUGCCGUUAGAGGUCAUCUGGGUUUUGGUGCAGAGUGUGCUUUUUCCAUCGGCGCUCCGCUGCUGCUGUGUCAGUGCGUCUCCGAGGAGGGAAUCUCAGUUUGCUGAUGUAGUGCUCAUUUGUUUUAUGACUCACCCUCCUCAUGCCAAGGGCUCCGUGCUGCCAGAAUGGACCACCUCUUAAGGGAACAGGCAUCUUUACUCCCGGUGAACACAUUUAGGUCAAAUCUCCGGACCCUGUAUAUGGUCCAAGGAGGUCACGAGCACGUUUUGAAUUACACCCGAAACAAUGUGGUUCACGUCGCUUAGCAACCAAAGUCAUCCUUCCACAUUUCCAAAACAUUGCGAUCUGUCUGGCUAACAAGCUAGCCGAAAACCUGGGCGCUUCUGACUGGUCUGUGAGUUAUUAACAGAAUGGGAAAGAAAGUGAAGAAGGAGAAUGAGGCACCCUCUAAGGACAUUUUUGACCCCCUGCCCAUCGAAAGCAGGAAACCAGCCACUGUGGUUCUCAUGCUCAACUCCCCUGAGGAGGAGGUCUUGGCCAAAGCAUGUGAAGCUAUUCACAAAUUUGCAAAGAAAGGAGAUGAGAAUUGCAGCUCUCUGCUGGGACUGGGGGCUGUGGAGCCUCUCUGCCAGCUCAUCUCCCACGAAGACAAACUGGUGCGACGCAAUGCAUUCAUGGCUCUGGGUGUCAUGGCUGCCAAUGGUGAUGUGAAGAGACUUCUGAAGAAAAUUGACGUCAUCCCUUCCGUCAUUGCCAAACUGUCACCCGAAGAGGACUUGGUGGUCCAGGAGUUUGCUUCUCUGUGCCUGGUCUCCCUGUCAGUGGACUUCAGCUGUAAGGUCCAGAUCUUCUCCAGCCAGGGCCUGGGGCCCCUCCUGCAGCUGCUGUCCAGCCCAGACCCUGACGUGAAGAAGAACUCAGCCGAGUGCAUCUGUAACCUGGUCCAGGACGUGCCCAGCAGGGAGGCGGUGUGGGGGCUGCAGGGGAUCCCCCCCCUGCUGGAGCUGCUGAGGUCAGAGUUUGUGGUGAUCCAGCAGCUGGGCCUGGCCUCCCUGGAGCUGCUGAGCCUGGACCCAGACACACGGGCCUGCCUGCGGGAGGAGCAGGGGCUUGCCAUGCUGCUGGAGCUGCUCGCCAACAAGGAGUGUGGGGACCUGCAUGUGGCUGCUCUGCGGGUGCUGUCCUCCUGCCUGCUGGAGCAGGACAGUGUGCGGGUGCUGGCUGAGUCUGGGGGAAUGAGCACCCUGCUGCAGAUCCUCCUCUCCUCCCCGCAGCCUGCUGUCCAGGCCCUCGCCCUCACCUCCCUCGCCAGGGUCGCACACACCUCUGAGAAUCGCCAGCUGCUUCAUGAGCAGGCUGUGGAGCAGGUCCUGGUGGAGCUGCUGUGUGUGGAGAACGACAGCGUGAGGAUCGCUAGCUGUCAGGCUGUCGCUGCCAUGAGCCUCAGCAUGACCAGCAGAGACACCUUCAGACACCUGGAUGGCAUCCGCGCAGUGGUUAAGUUGCUAAGCAAUGAGGGGUCAGAGGUGAGAGAGGCCGCAGCCCUGGCCCUGUCCAACCUCACACACGACCACCAGCUCAACGCCUAUGCGGCGUACGAGGCGGAGGGAGAGCAGGGAUUGGUGCAGCUGCUACAGGAUGGUUCUCCUGGGGGCGUGGCCCACGCGGCCGCCGCCCUCUCCCACAUGGCCCAGCAGGAAGUGGUGCGCAGCAGCAUCCUGUCCCGUGGCGCCAUGCGGGCUCUGGUGGAGCCCCUCAGCUGCCCAGACACACACACACUGCUGCACACCACCCAGGCCCUGGCUGCUCUGGCCUGUGAUGCUGACGGGAGGGCAGACCUUAGGAACGCCGGCGGCCUCGCUCCAUUGGUCAGGCUGCUACAGUCCAAUCACAAAGCAGUGAGGCGCAAUGCAUGCUGGGCCCUCAGCGUGUGCGCCAAUGACGAGGCCACGGCCGUGGAGCUGUGCAGCCUGGGGGCCCUGGAGCUGCUGCAGGACAUUAACUGCUCAGUGAACCGGAGGAGUACUUUCAGUGAGAGAGCCUUCCAGAAGCUUCUGGAUUUCAACCCUUCCCUCAAAUACAGCCUGACUGGCCGGCUGGGCUGCACAGACCUCAUCAGCGAUGGCUUCUACGACCCCGGACAGGCUCGUCCGGGCCAGACAGUGCUGUCUCUGGAGGAGCUGUCCAAGCAGCCUCCCACCCAGCGCAGGGCUGUCAUCACCGUCAACACCAAGACCCUGCACACGGUCCCAGUGGAACAGUCAGAGGAGAGGCUGCAGGACAUUCCUACUGACGCACGCACUGCCUCGGCACUCAGCAGCAAGGCCAGCUCCAGGACGCCAAGUAAAGGGAAGGGUAAAGGGCGCAGAGAGGACGAGACCCUAACCCAACAGGAAGUCUCCACCCAACAGGAAGUGUCGCUUCCAGAGAAACCAUGGAUACUGCCCUUCGACUACGCCCUCCAGCGCCUGGUGUCUGAGGCUGCAGCCGUGCUUCCCCUGGCUGAGGAGGCGGAGCAAUACAGCUCUCUGGCCAGGCUGGUGAGUGAGGCGAUGGGUGGGGCUGUGGAGACGGACAGGCAGCAUGACUUCCUGUGGGAACUCCACAUCAGUGAGCUGAAGUUUGAGCUGCAGUCCAACAUCAUCCCUAUAGGCCGCAUCCGCCUAGGGACCUUCUACCACCGAGCCCUGCUCUACAAGGCCCUGGCUGACCGUAUCGGGCUGAGCUGUAGCCUGGAGCGGGGGGAAUAUAACCGGGCGUGGAACCAGGUGCUGCUCUCCAGCAGAUCCCCCCAGGCACCAGGCCCACUCCCCCCCCAGGCCCCACGACCCCUCCCCCCCCAGGCCUCAGGCCCCCUCGCCCCCCAGGCCCCACGACCCCUCCCCCAGCGCAGGACCUACCUGGUUGACCUCCUGUAUCAGCCAGGCAGGCUCCUGAGGAUCAACACCCCCGCAGCCAUUCACUAUCAGACCAUCUAGACCCUCCACAGUCACUACCAGACCAUCUAGACCCUCCACAUUCACUACCAGACCAUCUAGACCCUCCACAUUCACUACCAGACCAUCUAGACCCUCCACAUUCACUACCAGACCAUCUAGACCCUCCACCUCCCUCCACAUUCACUACCAGACCAUCUAGACCCUCCACCUCCCUCCACAUUCACUACCAGACCAUCUAGACCCUCCACAUUCACUACCAGACCAUCUAGAGCCUCCACAUUCACUACCAGACCAUCUAGACCCUCCACAUUCACUACCAGACCAUCUAGAGCCUCCACAUUCACUACCAGACCAUCUAGACCCUCCACAUUCACUACCAGACCAUCUAGACCCUCCACAUUCACUAUCAGACCAUCUAGACCCUCCACAUUCACUACCAGACCAUCUAGACCCUCCACAUUCACUACCAGACCAUCUAGACCCUCCACCUCCUUCCACAUUCAAUACAUCUAGACCCUCCACCCUCCCUAAACUGGCCAGGAGCAUUUUGAAUAACCAGUACUUUAGAAACAUCAGUGCCUUAAUGCCAUUGAACUAUUUUCAUCUGACAUCUGAAC